AUGACAGACCCCCUGAACUCCAAAACUCUACCUUCACUCAUUGUUCUCCGGAAACUCUUUCUUCUCUUUGCGACUCUCGCCUGCACCGCCAUUGCCGACGAUGCCGCCUUCAUGUCCAAGCUCGCCAAAGCCUUGAGUCCCACGCCCACGGGGUGGUCGGGGAGCAGCUUCUGCAGCUGGAAGGGCGUGAGCUGCAGCGCUAACCGCGUCACCUCAAUCAACAUUGCUUCGCAGUCACUCACCGGAAUGCUACCUCGGGACCUGAACACCCUCUCCCAACUCACCUCGCUCUCUCUCCAGGGCAACACGCUCUCCGGCGCAUUGCCUUCCCUCGCCAACCUCUCCAUGCUGGAAAGCGUCUUCCUCGACGGCAACAACUUCACCUCUAUCCCCGAGGGUUGCUUCCAGGGUCUCACUAGCUUACAAAGCCUAAGCAUGACAGACAGCAUCAACCUCGCUCCAUGGACCAUUCCCACCGAGUUGACUCAGUCCUCCAAUCUCGUCAAACUCGACCUCGGAAACGCAAACCUCGUGGGUACCUUGCCUGAUGUGUUUGACUCCUUUGUGAGUUUGCAGGAGCUUCGUCUCUCUUACAACAUCCUCACUGGGGGUUUACCAAAGACCUUCGCGGGAUCUGCGAUUCGGAAUCUGUGGCUCAACAAUCAGAAGGACGGGUUCGGGUUCUCCGGUACCAUUGAGGUGCUUGCAUCAAUGACCCAAUUGUCUCAGGUGUGGCUUCACAAGAACCUGUUCACGGGUCCCAUUCCGGAUUUGUCAAGUUGCACCGUUUUGUUUGAUUUGCAGCUGAAGGACAACCAGUUAACUGGUGCGGUUCCACCUUCUCUGAUGUCCCUUUCUAGUUUGCAGAACGUUUCUUUAGAGAACAAUGUGCUUCAGGGUCCUGUUCCUUCCUUUGGAAAAGAUGUGAAGGUCACUCUAGAUGGGAUGAAUAGUUUUUGUAAGAAAGAUCCUGGACCUUGCAAUUCUCGCGUCACCACUUUGGUUGAUAUUGCUAAGCAUUUCGGGUAUCCUCUUCAGUUGGCGCGUUCCUGGUCCGGGAAUGAUCCUUGUCGCGAUUGGAGUUUCGUUGUGUGCGCUGCGGGGAAGAUUAUUACGGUGAAUUUGGCGAAGCAGAAUUUGACGGGAACGAUUUCACCUGCAUUUGCCAAUUUAACUGAUUUGAAAAACCUGUAUCUCAAUGACAACAAUUUGGGCGGUUCAAUACCGCGAGACUUGGCUAGUUUGACUCAGCUUGAGGUUCUGGAUGUGUCUAAUAACAACCUAUCUGGUUAUGUUCCAAUUGUCGCAACCCAGGUGAAGUUCAAUGUUGGAGGUAAUCCUCUGCUUGGGUAUCCUGAAGGUGGUGGUGUCAGUGGAACUACUCCGGGUCCGGCAAACGGUUCUGGUGAUGCACAAAGUGGAAGUCCAAAUGUAGCGUCAGGUGGUUCUUCACACUCUCCUGCUUGGAUAGCAGGUAUUAUUGUUAUUGUUGUGUUUUGUGUUGUGGUGGUUGUGCUUAUCUUUCGCAUUUGCCAUAUCAAAAACUGGCAUGAGAAAUUGGGAAAGGUUAAUAAACGAGAAAACGGAAACGAAUUUGUUCCGAGUUUUGGGGAUGAAAGUGUUACCAUGUCAAUUCAGUUUCUUCGGCAAGUAACAAAUAAUUUCAAUGAAGAUAACAUUUUAGGUAGUGGAGGAUUUGGAGUUGUUUAUAAAGGGGAGUUGCAUGAUGGAAGUAAAGUUGCUGUGAAGAGGAUGGAAUGUGGUGCGAGGGGAAGUAAGGGACUGAAGGAGUUCCAAGCAGAAAUUGCAGUUCUGAGUGAAGUGAGGCACAGGAAUUUGGUGGCUUUGUUAGGGCAUUGUAUCAACGAGCGCGAAAGGGUUUUGGUGUACGAGUAUAUGCCUCAAGGGACAUUAACACAACAUCUGUUCUCUUGGCGUGAAAAUGGCACUGCUCCAUUGACUUGGAAACAAAGGGUAGUUAUAGCUUUGGACGUAGCACGAGGAGUGGAAUAUUUGCACCACCUAGCUCAGCAAAGCUUCGUUCACAGGGACUUAAAACCCUCAAACAUAUUAUUGGGUGAUGACAUGAGAGCCAAGGUUGCAGAUUUUGGUUUGGUUAAAAUUAUUGCCCCUGGUGGAGAGGAUUCUGUCUGGACUCGAGUGGCUGGAACACUUGGAUAUCUGGAACCUGAAUAUGCAGGUAUAGAAAACCUUUUUCUAGCUAAGUCUUAUGUUUUGCAAUGA